UUCAUGCUUGCGUUCCACGCUAUAAAACAUAUGUUACGAAAUUUGAGAAGCCGACCUUACAUCUCUUAACCGUUGGCGGAGGAAAAAAUUUUACUACUCGUUACAGUAUCACCCAUUACCACUAACAUUAUCAGAAUGCGAGGACGAUGAACGAGUAGGGACUAUUAUAGGGGAUGGCACAUCUAAUAAAAACCGAAACCGCCCUACUAGUAGAACGAUUAUCAACGUAACGGAUCUUUUCACAGUUCGUAACAAAUUCUUUACGAUAUUUUAGCUUAGUAAUCAUAUUUUUUCACAAAGGCUACAAGAUCUUAGACAGAACACUGAAAUUGCUUCUAACUCCAUUCAGGUACCAGCCAACAGAUUUUUUGACGUCUUAUGGGCUGUUCACAAACACAAAGAUUGCUCGAGAUGUUUAUAACAAGGCGUUAAAGUACAAGUUUUGAGGGUUUUCUUUUGAGCUAAAUUGAUGAUUUCCCGCAUCUGCGCAAUAAUUUCUUAACCGUAAACCGCCAGAUAAAUUCGAAUGUACCCGUAAACCGGCACUGAAAAUUGGCGUAAAACCGCCAAACCGCCGGAGAAAAAUAGCCUUUAGGAGAGGGACUCUGGAGAAAAAUAUUCCAACUUUCUUGGUGCCUCCCCUAGAAGCUCCUAGAGCUUCUUGCUGACGACAUUUUUAAAAACGAGCAGCACUGAAGAAAAGACAUGCAGCAGGCUUAAACGAGUCCAACGCGCAAGCGCAUAUCCCACGCGCAGCAGGUGAUGUGGUUUAAUUAUAGCGAAAAGACCACACCAACGUUCAUGAUAUCUCUUUUCAGUUUUCUCAUGCCAUGUCAUAAACAAACAAAAACUAGAGGUGUCAGAAGACACUCCCAUCGAUUACUUGAUGAUUUGUCAAUUUCUUCACCAGCAGAUUCUCACCAGAUUCUCGCUACUAUCAAACUAGAACUUCAUGUUACGCGCGCGGCGCACGGGGAAAACUCCAGCCGGGACUGGCGCAUUUGAACUUGAACUAUAAAGUGCUUUUUUUCUUCGCAGAAUCUUCCUCUAAUCAGUGAUGAAGUUAUACAUCGUGUACUCCUUUCUCGUUGUCGUCUCUGCUACUCGGCGUUCGAAGUAUCGAACAGGACUUGUCACUGCGGGCGAUGUUGUCAUUGGUGGACUAAUUCCUGUUCAUUUUUCGCCAAAUUUUGCGCCCCAUCCUGGGAAUUCUUCCUGUCGCGGCGACUUCCAUUUGCGGGGAUUCAAAGGGGUAGAGGCCAUGUUGUAUGCGGUGGAACUUAUAAACAACGACACCGCAUUGCUUCCCAACGUGACCCUCGGCGUUGAUAUAAAAGAUACAUGUGGCAGUGUCGACUAUGCUAUCAUGGAGACUUUAAACUUUGACUUUAUUAGGAGCGCAUACGUCGCCUCCGAAUCAGUAGACUGCAUGGAAACAUCCGCCGGGGACAAGAAAAUAUUACAUCAAAGUCAAAUCAAGAACGGACCAGACUUGCACUCACAAUCUUCAACACCGAGAGGAGAUAGCAAUGUGUUAGAUUGUUGUUCAAGUAAAUCUCGUACAGCAGCCAUCGUUGGAGCAGCCUUCAGUGGCGUUUCCAUGGCAACAGCAAGUCUUACAGGCCUUUUCCACGUGCCGGUGAUUAGUUAUGCUUCGACGAGUCGUCUCCUUAGCGACAGGUCUCGGUUCCUUUACUUCUACCGCACAGUUCCUUCGGACAACCUCCAGGCGCAGGCAGUGACAGAUCUGCUUGUGGCAUUAAAGUGGCACUUGGUCGUUGUACUGGCCUCUGAUAACGAAUACGGUAGAUCGGGAAUAACCGCCUUGAAACAAAUAAUUCAGAAUCACUCAACGCGACAGAUAUGUGUCGUGGUCGACGAGCUAUUCUCACGAAAAGGAGGUAGGGAGGAAAUGGACACUAUCCUCCAGAAAAUCAAACAGUUUUCCCAAGCGAGGGUGAUAAUCUUGUACGCCGAAUUUCCGGACGCGGUGUACUUUUUCAACGAAGCAAAAAAGGAGUCUCUGACGAAUUACAUGUUUAUUGCGUCAGACAGCUGGGUUGGGUCUACAGAGGUCGUCCAAGGUGCCGGUGACGUUUUUCACUCAAUUAUUGGAUUAAGACCCCCAAUUAUCUCCAUGCCAACGUUUGAUUCCUAUUCCAUGGAGAGCCUCCUCAAAAACAACAGCGUCAAUCCAUGGGCACAUGAGUGCAAAAAGACCUUAAAUUGCGACGAAGGGAAUGUUUCGCAGUGUUACUCAGGGGUACACCACGAUGGUUAUGUCCCGUAUGUCAUAGAUGCGGUAUUUUCAGUAGCGCAUGCGCUUCAUGCAAUGCUGAACUGCAGCGCAAGCGCCUGCGCAAAGAAAUGGAGCGACGUUGACAUCAGGGAUCUUUCGAAGUUUAUUAAAAAUGUGUCUUUUCCCGGGUAUUCGCGACAGGACUUUUUCUUCAACGAAGAGGGCAGCACAAGAGGACAAUAUGAUAUUUAUUACCUGCGCAAAGGAAACUUGAGAUAUGCCAAAGUGGGUUCGUGGAAUGAAUCUUCUCUCAACUUGUCAGGGAUUUCAGAGCACGGAACCAGUUUUGAAAUUCCAGGCUCGAUUUGCAGUAAUGAUUGCAAGAAAGGCGAGUAUAAGAUUCCAAAAUCACAGUUCCCAGAAUGCUGCUGGGACUGCACAAAGUGUGGCGGGAAAUCCUUCGCCAACACGUCACACGUGACCCAGUGCACUGACUGCCCAACAGGAACAUGGCCCACCGCUGACCACUCAGGAUGCAGUCCCAUCGAAGCGAGUUACCUCCAUUGGAGCGAGAGCUGGGCUGUUGUGAUUGUCUUUCUAUCAUCAUUUGGUUUUGCUAUGGUUGUCUGCACCGGCGUCAUCUUUAUUAAAUUUCGAGGAACAGCGAUUGUCCGGGCUGCUAGCAGACAACUAUGUUACUUUCUUCUUCUGGGAAUUGCCAUGUUUUAUGUUACACCCCUUCCGUAUAUUGCCAAGCCUUCUGCAGCCUCUUGUAAACUUCUUCCCUUCAUGUUUGGACUCUGCUUUGUGUUGGUGGUUGGCAGUAUCCUCAUCAGAACAAAUCGAGUAUCCAGGAUUUUCAACGAAAAGCUUCUCCGAACAGGGACCAUCAAUUGCCUUGACAACCACUGGCAGCUGUUAAUACUAGCAAGUCUGCUGACCACCGAGCUCGCGCUUUCGGUUGUAUGGGUGUUUGGUUCUUCGACUCCAGUCUUCCCGGAAGUCAUUUAUUCUCAAACUGCCAAGGAAGCCUCGCUUGUGUGCAAUCUUGGUGGAAGUCAAAUCGGAUUUUCUUUGUGGCUCAUUUACAACGCAGGUCUAGUCGUUGUGUGUACGUAUCAAGCUUUCCUCGUGCGUAAGGUUCCACAGAAUUAUAACGAGUCAAGACUAAUCGCAUUUAACAUGACCACCAUAUGUAUCACCGUUCUUGUCUAUAUACCAUCUUACAUGGGUACGUCCGCUUGGUAUCGGACAGUCAUCUCAAGUUUUAUGUUCAUUUUUCUUGGCACGCUAACCUGGGCUAGCAUCUUCGCACCAAAAAUUUAUAUCAUUCUAUUUCGACCACACAAAAACAUUCCAAUGCGGCCAUCAGUCAGCUCAAUGACACUUGGAGUCAUCACGCCCUCGCCCACUGCCACACAGUCCAGCAACCUUAGCGAGCAGAGCAUGCGUAAUCGACAGAACUCAAUAACUCCAAACGAAGACGAAUCGUGGGAAGGUCUGUGGGCAAAUUGCGACUCGUCACGUGAUGUGAAUGGAAGCGAGGCAACCAAUGAGGAAGAGGAAUCACAGAUGUCAGAGGCUCGAUUUGCCGACGCACUCGACGGCUAUCCCGAGCUCGAACAUAAAGAAAACACAGGAAUGGAAACAAAAACUGAUACUGCACCAGAACUAGAGGAAAACUGUGUUAAGAUACCAAAAAAGAAAACUUCUGUAGUAUACUUCGAAGACGAGGUGACUACAGAAAACGCUGAAGCUAAAGAAAAACAAGUUAUCCUCAGGAAAACGUCUAGUACAAACCCGGGUGGGAUAUUAAGAAGGACUUGUACAGACAAUUCUGAAAACCUUAGUAACGGUUUCUGCCCAAAGAAGAAAAAGACUUCACUCGUUCGCUUUCAGGACGAAGUGAAUUACUCUGAAAAGGUCUCACUGCCCGCCAGCAGAGAAGAACCCCAUCAAGUAUCCGGCUUUGAUGAACGAAAAUUAAAUGAAGAAACUGAUAGCGUAUUUGAGGGAGAAGUACAGUGUACAUGUGUUAAGAGUCCUCCCGUUAAAUUUCAAUCAAACGGUAUUACGGAGCAAGGAAGGAAAAGAAAAAUUUCUGUUUUUUCAUUUUAAUAACAGCGUAAUGAAGUUGAAAUUGCUAGAUCUAACUUACCUGAGUCUAUAUUAAAAGCCUUUAUUAUACAAAGAACAAAUGCUCCUUUACGACUGGAUAAAUCGUCUUUUCCGGUCCAGUUUAGAUAGAACGUGAAGAGUUGUCUUCGUUUUAAUAAACUGUAAUAACAACUGUCACGAAGUUUGUUUUGGCUUUUCCUCCUAUCUCAACACGUCAUUGUCAAACUCGCAGCAGGUGAAAUAAGCUUUGCUUCAUCCACUUCCUCAAUUUACAUUGGGAGUUAAUUUCCGCUGAAAGCUAAAACAAAAGUCGUUUAAUUGAAAAUUUUGAUUUAAGUUUAGUCAUCAUAUGCUAGCUGUUUAAUACUUGAGCAGUUUCGUGAAUCAAAUCCAGCAAACGUACCGCCUUACCAACCAGAAGCGCGUUUCUCGAUAGCCCCGGAAACUUUUCGGGCCCGCAAAGCCAUUUUUCGUUAAUCUGUAUCAAAAAACAGAGAAGUGUAUACGCCUGAAACUUCUUGUAUGUAGGGAGCCUCUGUUCGUAAACAUGUGAAUAAAACAGCUCUGUAAUCAUACAGCUUUCCGGGUGCCAAAACUCUUCAGGACCUUCGAGCAACGGGCCCUUGGUCACACAUGCAGAAUUAGGGAACAUCCAAGUAUUAUUAAUGCAACUUCCAUCGAUAAGGACACUGGUUGUUAGGAAAAUGGCUCGAAGUCAUGAUGUCAGGUCCGUCAACCUCAUUCCCAGUUCUCAUGUGCUUGUUCCCUCAGUCUGACUUUAGAGGAAGAGGCCUGGAACAGAUGCGGUCAUGUCACCUAAUUAUAUUAGCGCAAACACGAAAAACAGUUUGGGAGAAUUGGAAAGUUCAUCAGUGAACUUCACUGAAGGCUCAGGGGAGGGUUUUGAAUAAGUAAAGCUAAUAAAAUACGAUAUGUCCAUUUAUACCACGCCAUAGAAAAUACAGCUAAUCAGAAUACAGGAAAGCCGUUGUAUAUUCGACGGUAUCACACCUAACCUUCCCAUCGUGCGACGCGCGUAUGUCGCAUUGAUUGUGUCGCAUUGAUUGUCGCUCUGUCGUGCAAUACCAUGGAUUAUCCCACUUGUCACUUGUAUUUUCUGUUUACAGCGCACGCAUAAAAUAAAAAAAUCUCUGUAUACUACAGAUUGAUUACUUUACUUAUUAAAAAUACAUUUGCGUUAUUAUAACCUGCUGUGUGGGGCGUUUCAUGAUAUUAAUUUGUUUUAUUUUUUCGAAUACUUGAUAACGUCUUGAUACUUGGUAUUUGAAAUACCAACAACCGUACCAAAUGACACUUGCUGCCUAUUCGGGAAUGGGGAUAGAAUGUAUUCCUGCUAGAAAGUCGAGCUUUCUUUCAUUAAUAAAGUUUAAAAGUCAAAUUGCCUUCUAUUUCAGCUGAACAAACACAAGAACGACAGAAAAUGGAAUAAUAAAAAAUGAACUUCAAUUCAGCCGUCACCCAAGACAACUGGAAUUUUAUUGAGAUUGAUUUUUAGGCUUUCUUUGCCCGUCAUUGGAAUCAGAUCGUCGGCGGUAUCUAACGAUACAGAAAACUGCUGAAGAAAGCUAGGGAUAAAACAUUUAAUUUCCAAGCACACGUUAUAAUGAAGAAAAAUUGCUAGUUAUUGUUCUGUAUUUAUUAAUUCUAGUUAUUGUAAAUGGAUUUCUUUGGUUUAUAUAUCUUUGUAUAUCACUUCAUUGCAAACAGACAAAUUCAUUGUGCAUAUUUUCUGGAAUGGUUUAGAGAAUAGAUGAUGAUAUUAAAAUCGAGGCAGUAAAUAGAAGCUACAUAUCCUGCAAUCCCAGCUAUUAUACCUUAGUAUAAUCACUGUAAGGCAAUUAUAUGCGGUUUCUAUUCACCGGGUAUCAUGGCGUGAAGAAUUGAAAGCA